AUGAAGGCCCUUCUAUAUAAACAGCCAUCAGCAUUUGCUAGAGAUUGGUUGAGCUAUAAGCUAACACCGCACAAUACACGAUUGCUCAAAGUUAAUUCUAGUAACGGGGUGCAAACUGUCCAGCUCAAGAAAGAUUGCUAUUAUCGAAUUACAAACCUGGAUCUACUUUUUGGCUCGUUAGUGAUCGUAUCAUUCUAUUUGUGCGCUUCAUUACGAAUGCUAAAUGUUGGUCACCAAAUCGUUCUGACCUCCCCUUACCUGGCCAUCAAGAGAAAUGACAAUGCUACGAGCGUUUUGCUCCUUCAAAGCUCAUAA